CUCCGAGCCGCGCUCCCCCGCGCCACCAUGGGCAACAGCGUGAGCCGCACCGACUUUGAGUGGGUCUACACCGACCAGCCGCACACGCAGAGGCGCAAGGAGAUGUUGGCCAAGUACCCGGCCAUUAAGGCCCUGAUGAGGCCAGAUCCCCACCUCAAGUGGACAGUGCUGGGGAUGGUCCUGGUGCAGCUGCUGGCCUGCUGGCUGGUGCGGGGACUGGCCUGGCGCUGGCUUCUCUUCUGGGCCUACACCUUUGGUGGCUGCGUGAACCACUCGCUCACACUGGCCAUCCACGACAUCUCGCACAACACAGCCUUCGGCACGGGCGCCGCUGCUCACAAUCGCUGGUUUGCUGUCUUCGCCAACCUGCCCAUCGGCGUGCCCUACUCGGCCUCCUUCAAGAAGUACCACGUGGACCAUCACCGUUACCUGGGGGGUGACGGGCUGGACGUGGAUGUGCCCACACGCCUGGAAGCCCGGCUCUUCUGCACGCCGGCCCGCAAGCUGCUCUGGCUGCUGCUGCAGCCCCUGUUCUACUCGCUGCGGCCACUCUGCGUGCACCCCAAGGCCAUGACACGCAUGGAGGUGUUCAAUGCGCUGGUGCAGUUGGCCGUGGACGCCGCCAUCCUUGCCCUCUGGGGUGUCAAGCCCAUGGCCUACCUGCUAGCCAGCACCUUCCUGGGCCUGGGCCUGCACCCCAUCUCAGGUCACUUCGUGGCGGAACACUACAUGUUCCUCAAGGGCCACGAGACCUACUCGUACUACGGGCCCCUCAACUGCAUCACCUUCAACGUGGGCUACCACAUGGAGCAUCACGACUUCCCCAGCAUCCCCGGCUGCUACCUGCCCCUGGUGCGGAAGAUCGCGCCCGAGUACUACGACCACCUGCCGCAGCACUACUCGUGGGUGAAGGUGCUCUGGGACUUUGUGAUGGAGGACUCCCUGGGGCCCUAUGCCAGGGUGAAGCGGGUAUGCAAGCUGGCAGAGGACCCCGCCUCCUCCCAGAGGGCUUCGUCCUGAGCAGACCCUGGGCUGCUCCUGCCCCACGCACUGCUGGCUGCCGCCUCGUGCCCCACAGCCCCAGCCCAGGGUGAGCUGCAUCAGAACCCCACCCUGGGGGGCUGCUUCGGUCCCCCACGGAGCCCUGCAGGCAGCACCUGAAGAGGACCCUCUGCACGGAGACUCUCGGCAGCUUCCUGGGCCUGGCGAGGUGAGGCUCACCCCAUGCUGCCCUGCCUGCUCUGUGCCCAUGGUCUCCAUGGAGCUGACUUCUCAGCUGUUCCCAUGCCGUAAAUUAAACCCAGUGUUUGUUUUCACUGCGCACAGAUUGCGCCCCCGAGGGUGUGGACUGGAUCUGAGCCUGGGCCCGCAGGGGCAGACCCCAGGUGCCGGCAGGUGGAGGCCAAGGUCUCCACUCUGAUUCCUAAGGAGGGGGCAACUACAGACUGGAUGGUGUGUCCCCAGGGCCUGUCACUGUGGGGGAUGAGGGUGGCCUC